AUGAGCACGCCCCCUUACGCCAGAGAAUUACACCUCGCGAGCCUCGCGGUCCAGCGAGCUGCGCUCUUGACGAAAAGGCUCCUUUCCGAAGUCGACAAGGGCACCUUUGACAAGCAAGAUUCCUCCCCCGUGACAAUCGCCGACUUCGCGGCUCAAGCCUCAAUCAUUGCCGCGAUCCAUCACACUUUCCCCGACGACCAGAUCGUCGGCGAAGAAGACUCGACCGCCCUGCGCGAGAACCCCGCUCUCCUUGAACGUACCUGGGAAUUGGCCACGGCCGUGCAUCUCGAUGACGCCGCUAGUGAAGCACUCCUCCACACCCCGAGCUCGCGGGACGAGCUCCUCGAGUUGAUUGAUCUCGGUGCCAAAGGCGCCUGUGGACCUGGGCGAGUGUGGACUCUGGACCCCGUCGACGGGACAGCUACCUUCAUCAGGAAUCAGCAGUACGUGGUAUGUCUUUCGUUGGUCGAGGACGGCACACAGCGACUGGGAGUGCUGGGAUGCCCGAAUCUGAAACUCGACGCGGGACUGGUCUCCGAAGAGACGGUUGAUCGGGACGGAAACGGACUACUCCUCACGGCGAUUGCUGGGCAUGGGGCGUUCAUUGCACCCCUGGGUAAGGGUGCCUUACACGAGUCGAAGCCUCUGGAGAGGAUACCCCCGGUUGAAAAGACAAGUGAUAUCCGAUUUGUGGACACGCAGGCGGCGUCCUCACACAACCUGGAUGCCCAUGCACGCAUCGCGAAGCAGCUGGACUGCCCAUGGCCCAACACCGUGGAUGUGUGGUCAGCGCAGAUGCGAUAUGUGGCGAUCGCAGUGCAGGGCGGAUGUAAUGUUUUUGUCAAGGUGCCUCGGGAGAAGAACUAUCGAUCGAAGAUCUGGGAUCACGCGGGAGGCAUGCUGCUGGUUCAGGAGCUGGGCUGUGUGGUGACCGACUUGGAGGGAGAACCCGUGAACUGUGGGUUAGGCCGAACACUUGGAGGAUGCUACGGGAUGAUCGUGGCUCCUGCUUCCAUUCACAGUCAACUUUUGGAUGCUGUCAGAGCUGUGCGACAGACAUAG